CAGUGCAGAGACAGAGAGAGGAAGAGGGAGGGCUGUGUGGCGUGAGGCGGUGCGUGUGCUCACUGUGCUCAGCGUUUAGGUGAAUCCACAAGCCUCUGCCUCCCAAGGAUAAAGCACCACAGAGAGCAGCGACGCCGCCUCGUUCCCAGCAUCCUCUCUCCCUUGCGUCUUCUUUCAUUUGCUGGUGUCUGUAUUUAUUUUUAUUAUUUUUUUCUUUGUUGUUUCUGUCCUUUUCUUUUGUUUCCCUCCCCGCAUCUCACUCUGCUUCAGCUCCAUCCAGAUAGAAGGGGAAUAAAAAGGGAAAGGAGCAGAGCCAGAGGCGCCUUCCUCUCCUUCCUGCAGCCGGUGUUGGGUGCUGAUGUUGUAACCAUCCUGAAGAGCCGACGAGCCCUGUUUGAUGCAGUGAAGUGAUCCAGCGGAAUAAAACUCAAAGAAAAGAAGGUCGCCAGCCAUGGGGAACCUCAUUAAGGUCCUUGGCAAGGAUUUAGAGAACUGUCCACAUUUUUUCCUGGACUUUGAAAGGUCAGCGCCGUGCUGGAGGAGGCCCACGGGAUCCUGGCAGAGCUGCAGUCCUAUAACGGCGCUGGGCAGGACAUACGAGAAGCCAUCCAGAACCCAGGUGACCUGGCUCUUCAGGAGAAGGCCUGGAACGCAGUCUGCCCCCUGGUGGCCAAGCUGAAGAGGUUCUACGAGUUCUCCCUACGACUGGAGAACGCACUGCGCAGCCUGCUGGAGGCGCUGACGAGCCCGCCCUACGCCCCCAUGCAGCACCUGGAGCGAGAGCAGGCCCUGGCCAAGCAGUUCGCCGAGAUCCUUCAUUUUACCCUCAGCUUCGACGAACUGAAGAUGACAAAUCCAGCCAUUCAGAAUGACUUCAGUUACUACAGGAGGACUAUAAGCAGGAACAGGCUGAACAAUCAGCAGCUGGACGCAGAGAACGAGGUCAACAACGAGAUGGCCAAUCGGAUGUCUCUAUUCUACGCCGAAGCCACACCGAUGCUGAAAACUCUGAGUAACGCCACCACCAAGUUUGUUUCAGAGAAUAAAACGCUGCCCAUAGAGGACACCACAUACUGCCUGAGCACCAUGGCCUGCGUGUGUCGUGUCAUGCUGGAGACUCCGGAGUACCGCUGCCGGUUCACCAACACAGACACCAUGCUGUUCUGCAUGAGGGUGAUGGUGGGUGUCAUCAUCCUCUACGACCACGUUCAUCCUGUCGGAGCUUUUGCCAAAACCUCCAAAAUCGAUAUGAAGGGCUGCAUCAAAGUGCUGAAAGAGCAACCGUCCAACAGCGUGGAGGGCCUUCUGAAUGCACUGAGGUAUACAACACGACAUUUAAACGAUGACAGCACCUCCAAACAAAUCAGGGCUCUCCUGCAGUGAAAGGAGGCGGGGCAUGAAGAAGAAACAGACAUCGGUGGCUGGAAAAAAAUUAAAUAUAACCCUGUUUGUUUACAAAGAGCGAAGAAAAUCACCUGCAGGCUGGCGAGCCACCUGCCGACGACAAGAAGAGGAAUUUAAUUCUAUAUAUUAUCAGCUGUCCAUCAUUCUGUCUCUCAUUUUGUAAAGUAAGAAAAAGAAAAGCCAGAAUCGAAGAUAUAAAUAUAUAUUAAAAGAUGUGAAACACAAGCCGCAGAUUAACAGUAGGUAGGAUUAAAGAGGAAGCUAUAUUGAAAAGGUCAAAACCAAAAUAUAUGAAAAAAAAAGUGUUCCAGCUGUAGACUGACGAGUAUUUUUGCACACACUUUGAAAAACAAGAAAAAAAAUCUCUUACUUUCCUGGAGUUUUAUCCCAAAACCUCAGCCCCGCCCCAUCAGUUGCACUGAUGGCCACGCCCUGCUGAGUCAUGAAGCAAUGUGAUGGAGUCACUCCGGAGAUUUGCUUCCUCCUGUGUCACUUUUCUUUUCUGCAUCAGUGCAGCUGCUGGGGGGGUCACGAUCCUCCGUUUACACCCGUCCCACUCAUCCAACUGGAUUUGUUUUCUUACCCCGCCUCUUCGCACAAGAUCUACCUAUGAUGCAUUGUGCUCUGACGUUUCAGCGCAUCUUUAAGUAAAUUUUCUGACUUUACUUUUUUCAUGGUGCUAACGUGGUUCAGAUAUCUCGCCGCGGGCUUCUUAGAUUCCAUCUGACUGAGACAAAAUGUUUGUUUUCUCAAAGGGCCUAACUCGUUUUAUUUUGAAAUCCCUAUCAGAUAAAAGGAAAAGCCCAAAUUAGAGCAUCGUCGUGUGGGGAAACUACAGCACACUUCUUAACCCAGUGCCAAAGCUGAUUGGUUUACACUCUUAUGACAUCAUCAACUAAGGCCACAGCUGAGUUGUGCGGUGCUGUGAUGCCAUCACUGAUCAUCUUUUCAUAAAAAAAGACGUGACAGACGAGUCGGACAGAUUUAAAACGCGCAGGCCUUUUGGAGACAGAUCUGAGGGCUCCGGUGUAAAUAUGCGAGGCUUCUCUGGUCCACGUGGUCCGCUUGAGGAAACAAAAACAAACAAAA